UCCAGGCGUCACCGGUCGCUCCUAACCUGUCAACGCCAAAAUAAAGGCAGCUAAAACUUUCCCUGCUCGGACACUACUUCAUCCUAAGGAAUAUGCAAUGACGCCCAUCAGGAAAUAAUAAUGUGAUGAGGAAACCCCAUAACCACCCACCACGUUGGCUGUUACCGCAAUGCCCGGUGCUCGGCGGUGUUCCGGCUCUCGCUGGGGGGGUCGCAGCUAAGGGAGCUAGUGGGCUGUUAGCUACCAGGCUAGCCGAGGCGCUAGCUUAAGAGUGGUACAGAAAGUGAAGAAGACGGCGGCUAAAGGCGACCUUUACGGACAUAUGCAACUGAUUUCAGGUGAGUGAUGGAAACCAGAGAGUUGACCGUGGUGGCCGGCAGCUUCGUCACCUUCCAGCUGCUCUUCUCGGUGGCCAGUCCGCUGCUCUCUGCGGUCCUCACGCCCGCCUACGGCCUCGUGCCCGCUAACAAGCUCACAGAGUGGAAUUCGAGGCUUGUUUCCACAGUCCAUGCGCUGGUCGUUGGGCUCUUCUGUCUCUACAUCCUUUGUUUCGACGACAAAGUCAACGCCGACCCUGUCUGGGGAGACCCCACUCUUGUGAAGCUCAACGUAGCCAUCACCUGUGGCUACCUCGUCUAUGACCUGGUGCUGCUGGCAUGUAACUGGAGCACCAUGGGAGACGGCUUCUUCGUGUGUCACCACUUGGCGGCGCUCUACGCUUACGGAUACGUCCUGACUCGAGGCGUACUUCCCUACUUUGCCAACUUCCGUCUCAUUUCAGAGCUGUCCACACCGUUUGUGAAUCAGAGGUGGUUCUACGAGAUGCUGAAGUACCCGCGCUCCCACCGGCUGGUGGUGCUGAACGGCGUGGCCAUGGCGGUGGUCUUCUUCCUGGUGCGCAUCGCCGUCAUGCCGCCUUACUGGGCCAGCGUGUUCGCCACCUUCGGGACGGAGAGCUUCGCGCGGCUCGGCCUGGGCGCCCAGGUGGCCUGGAUCUCGUCCUGCAUCGCGCUGGACGUCCUCAACACCAUCUGGAUGUACAAGAUCGCCCGCGGCUGCUACAAGGUGCUGACGGGCGCCGCCGCACGGCGCUCCAAGGCGGCGCCGGAGCCGGAGCCACUGGCGGCGCCGCCGCCGCCGCCGCCGCAGGACGCCGUGAAGAACCACGCCGACUGAAGCCGCCGGAGGUGGAG